AUGAAAUUGGAAAUGAAUCCAAUGGGCGCCGAAGAUAUUGUGACAGCGUAUAAUGAUUUCCGAUCCGAUAUUGUGCUUUUGCAGGAACUCAAAGCGACUCUACAAACGGCUGAAUUCGAUUUGGAAAGCCUUCGUACAAGAUAUCAGCAACAAGGCGGACAGCCAUUCGAAAUCGAGCCCCGUAUGCGUGUGUCAAUUCUUCCGGAAGGUGGCCUUUCAUCGGCUUUCUUGGAGGGUCCAGGGGCGCCCACGAGCAGCCGUCGUAUCUCAAGUUAUCUCGAAUUGCUCAGCAAAACGGAUGCUCUCAAUAAUCCGCGAAAACGAAAAGCUCCACCGCCGCUAGGAACGAUUACCCCGUCAAGCUCAACGCCCGAUCUCAAGCGAACGCGUAAAUCAGUCCUG